AUGCUGUCAGCAGUGGAUUGCUGGAACAAGGGCAUGAAAAUGUGGGCUGUGGGGGUGAGAAAAGAACUCCUCACUGGCUCAGUGGCUUUUGAACUGGCCAUCAAGACUGACCAAAGAGAGAAGCAAUUGAAUGCCAAUCAGAGGCUGGUUGAAGGUAGUGGUGGCCUGCUGGCUGCCAUGACUAACCAAGAAAGGUUUCUCAGUGUUUCCUCUAGCCACUCCACUGCAUGGCUGAAAGCAGUUGGCUCUGGAUGUGGUGGGCCAAAUGACAUAGGGCCAUUGCAGCUGAGGCAAGGUGACAGCAACAGUGAUGCUGUUUCAACACUGCUACAUGAUGGCUGGCAAUGGGUUGUAGUGAGCAGUGCAGUGGAGGAGGAAUGGCCCAAAAUGCCUGGCUUUUUCCAAAUGGCCUUGAACAGCACCAAUUCCAACAACAAGCAACUGUCUGAAAUUGAAUGUGCUGCCCAGCUGGCCCAAGGUGUACUACAUGGUCAAGAGUUGCAAGUGGCCUUUGACGAAUUGAAGGCAUGUGCACCUGCUUGCAAAAAGUCCUUGGAUGCAAUUGCAACCUAUGUCUCCAAGUUUGGUGGUGGCCAGAAGAUGGAGUUGGUGAUGUUUCUCCUCAAAUUCAGCAAAGCUUUUGCUACUGUGAUGAUUGGGGAGGAAAUGAUGAAAGCCAUCACCUACUUUGACCUCAAGGGUGAGCAGCAAGUGGAUGGGGUGGCAAAGCUGCUGGGUAAAGCAGACAUUGAGAGAUUGAAGGCACCAACAGUGAAACCAAAACUGUUGGAGGCAGAGACCAUACUGGAAGAUUCCUGGUCCUUGCUUCAACAAUCCCAGCAAGCAGAGAACUACAAGAUGGCUUGCUUUGGGAGAUUGGCAACAAGGCUGUGCCUGCAUGUAAUGCAGAAAGAAAAGCUUGGGAGAGAAGUCGAUGGGCACAAAGACAUCCCAACCAUUUCCAAGCUUUUCACUGAUGAGUUGGGUGGCAUUGCUGUUGCACAGGCCAAAGCUGACAGUAAUGAGUCCAAAUUGCAAGUUUGUGACACUUUGGCAAUGAGCAAAAAGGAGAUGGCCUUGUUGCAGAAUGUGCACAUCAAGGAGAAGGAGUACCAAAACAAGGACCAUGCCAACAAGAUCUUUGUACUGGACAAGGUGCACAAUGACCAUUGCAUCUUCAUCCACAAGCCAUUGUUUGACCCAACCCUGGAAGUCAAUGUGGAUUUCUUGAAGUUGAAAGAUUGGAGGGCAACCAAAGCAUCAAUGGCAGUGGCAUGCCCCCAAGGGAAGGCAGAGAGCCACAUGGUUCAGAAGAGUGGUGCUGUGGAAUUGGAAUUCCAGAAGAGUCAUGUGCAAAAGUGUUUGCUGCAAGCUUGCAUAGACAGUGACCCUACUUGCAAGGAAGUGGUUUUCUCCAGCAAUCCAAGCCAUGUGUGGGCUUCAAAGAAAUUUGGCAAGAAGAAUGCAUUGAAGCUGGUCCCCUGUGGCAUUGUCUCUUUGCUGAAAGGCACCCCUGUUGCUGACAAGCACUACAUCAAAGCCUUUGGGAAGAUGUGGUUGAUUUCACAAAUGAAAGCCUUGCAGAAUUUCGACAAGGAUGAAGGUGUGCUGAGCCCAUUUUGGUGGGUCAAGUGUGCAGGUGAUGGUGAAGACCACAACAUGACCUUUGGUGAAAUGUCAGUGGAUGGCUGCAAAAUCCCCAUCUUGCAGAACAUUGGGCCCAUCCAGUCAAAUGAGUGCUUGCUCAUUGAGAACCCCAAGGACAUUGCCAAGAAGAAGAAGAAGGUUCAAGAAGCCCAGCCCAGCACCUUGCUGGAAGAAUAUGAAGGGGUGGCCUAUUUGAGACUGAGCGCAUCUUCACACACCAUUGUUGCUCUGGUGUCCCAGACAUCAGCAAAGAAGAAUGCAUGUUUCUCAAAUAGCCCCAAGCUGCAGGAGUUGGUGAAAUUGAGGAACAGGGCACUGGAAGCACUACACCUUGGAGAAGAUGGCACUGAAGAUGGUGAGGAAAAAGAAGACAUGUGGCAAGAUGCAGUGCCUCAAAAUGAAACUGCUGCUGGAAGCAAGAAAAGAAAAGUGCAAGAAAAUUGUGGUAGCCAUGUGGUGCAGAUUUCAGUGGCUGACCAGCCAGUGCACAUUCUGUGCCAAGGCACCAGGCCUUGGAAGGGGGAUCUUCUAGUGAAGCUGGUGCCUGAAGAGUUGGCUGCAGUGAUUGCAUUUUUGAAGGAUGGUGUGUCUGAUGCCCUGAAUGCUGCUAAGAGGCAGUAUGUCAAGAAAUCAAAGAAAGCAGACUGA